AUGCUCCUCUCACUCGUCACAGUCACCGCAAUCCUCCAGCUGGCGGUAGCGACGAACCUCAGCCCGCCGAUUCUCUACUCCCGCCACGGAUCCCAACACGGGUCCCUCGAGAAACGCUGGGCUGCGGGAUCGCAGAACGUUGCCAGUUCAAGGGGGAUGUGUUUGUCGGGUGUUGUGGGAAUUUCCUCGGGUGGGCCCAGGCCCUUUUUCGUUGUUGGAUAUCAGGGUGUUGGUGUUGAUGUUCGCAGGGGCUGCACAGGCGAAGCAACACGAGUCACGGUCCACACGCCUUACUCGACUCUUACCCUCGGCGCGAUGACUGAGGUUUCUGCUACGGCUACGGGAACCACGACGACAGAGCAGAUGUUUACGGCGAUUUCGGCUACGGCGUCUGCGACCACGACCACGACGUCGAGAUCGAGGAGUGAGAGUGAGAGUACUUCGCAUUCUCAUUCGCGCGUGUCCGCGUCGAGUUCCUCUGCAGGGAGCACGAGCACGAGCACGAGUGUAACCGAGGCCGAGACCGAGACGACAACGACUGCUUCGACUCCGACGACAACAGCGAGGUUCUCGCAGAGUUCGUCGUCGCCGAAUAAUAACGGGGGAUCUAGCGCGGGUGUGGGUUUGGGGAUACCCGUUCUGGCUGAAAUGGUCGCUCUGGGUGCUGUUCUGUUGUGA